GGAGCACGUGCGGUUCUGGUUCUCCCACCACUCCCCUCCGCCACUCCACAGCGGCCCACACGCAUGGGCACGAAGCAACGGCGCCGCCGGCGUCCCGGCCGGCGAUGCCAGUGACAAAAUCGCGCGAUCGCGCCGGCCUUUUCGUGUUGACGAGAGGCAAAGAAGCGAUCGCGCCCACAGAGGAAAAAAAAAAGAGAGGCUCCGGUAGGAGACAGUGGAGAGAAAGCACGGCACUGCGAUGCAAGUCGUAGCAGAAAAGCAAGCACCGGAAAGCCGAGGGCACUGCAUGCGGCGGCGAGCCAACAAGCGAGAUCACGAUUGGCUACCCGGCCGACCUGGAGCCGGGAGCCCCACCACUGCGCGUGGCCGCAUGAACCACACGGAAGCGGCCGAGGAAAGUUAGAGAUCCAGGAGAUGGUGGAGCAGCCAUCACCGGCAACGGAGAAGACGACGGGGAAAUCCGGAGGAGCCAAUCUUCACGCUAGGGCAGGAAAAAGAAAGUUGCAAGGGCGCACAGGGCGGUUCAGUGCAAGCAAGGCUAGCUCUACCCUGGCUAUAAAUACCCUCGUGGGGCUUCAAUACAAGGCCCAUGCCUCUCAACCUACAAGCUAAGCUCACUCAGCUACUACUCACUCACUAGUCACUGCUCAUGCCAAGCUUGGAGUACAACAACUCCUUCGUGAAUCUUCUUGACAAGCAGCUCCACAAGCUCUCCACGUCAAAGAUGAGGAUCAGCAAGAGCGCCCCCAACCUCCUGAAGAAGGCGGCGACGUCGGUCAAGAGCAAGACCGACGCCCUGAGAACGAAGCUUGUCUUCGUGGCCUCGCUACGCCGAAGGCUGGCGAUGGUCGGCGCGAUGUCUCGCCAGAUCCACGCGCUCUCCAAGUUGAACGGCCAGGCAGAGAAGCAGGCCAGGGUGGAGCACGGCAGCAAGGCUCUCAUCACGACGCACAAAGCGGCGGCGGCGGGCGAGGAGCCAGCUGCUGGUGACCAUGAUGGCAGGGCUCCUCUUGGCAUGUUUGAGGUGGCGGUGUUCGAGGAAGGUUACCAUGGCUACCCUGACUGGACCCUUUCCCUGUUCGACGAUGACCAUUGUUACAACGAUGAGGAGGAUGGCGGCCAUGACGGCGACGACGAGAACGAGGAGCUUGACGUUGUUGAUGAUGCGCUCGAUGGGCCCUCGGUCAUCGAGAUCAUCAGGAGCAACCGGGAGGCCCAAGGUCUCGAGUUCAACAUGGACGACGUGAUUGACGAGGCUUGUGACAUGUUCAUCAGGAGAUGUCGCAGCCAGAUGAACCUUAGCCUUUACUGAUCCUGCGUAUAGUUGUGUAUGUAGUUUACGUGAAUGUUCCGAGGAUGAACUGCAAAGAAAUUAAGAGUCUAUAGCACUGACAAACUGAUGAGCGACGGUAUAGAAGUAUGGUAAAAACUAUGACAAGGCACGACGCAUAAGAAUCACCUAUUUUCAUCUGUCA